AUGCGUGAUAUUGCAGUCGUUCAAAUGACAAUUAUGUCCUCGAACGAAGUACAAACUACCUACGCUGAUAAUCCCGCAUUUUUUGCAGGACAUGCUGUACCAGGUGUUAAAGGACAUAAUUCAGAAGGUGGUCCACGAGUUCCCUAUCCAGAUAAAAAAUUACUUGGCAUGACGGGCUUCGCAGCAAAAGGUCAUACUUUUGGAGGCUCAAAGGGAAAAGUGAUUUUUAUCAAAAAUCUGCAGGAGUUAAAGAAACAUAUCGGUAGUGCAGUGCCUGAAACUUUGGUCAUAGCUGCGAAUAUAAAUGCACCGAAGAAAGAAAAAAUAAGUCUAGGAUCUAAUAAGUCUAUAAUUGGGUCUUACAAAGCAAAUCUUCUCAACAACAUAUAUUUUAAAGCAGGGUAUAAGACAAAGAACAUAAUCUUUCAAAAUUUACUUUUCAAACACAACCAAAAAAAUAUUGCCAACGAUGAUAUACAAUUAUAUUUGCAAUCAGGUGAACGUUAUUGGAUAGAUCAUUGUACCUUUGACGGAGGAAAGGUAGACCUUAAGGAUUUAGGAAAACUUGUCUCAAUUGGACCUGUUAAUUUCGUGACAAUUAGCUAUUGUAGGUUUGUACACCAUAAUUAUGGUUUAAUACUUGGUUAUCCAGAGGAUCAUCCAGCUUCUGGAAUUAAAUAUAAGAAUUUGCCGCAACUUACAAUGAAGUUUAAUUACUUUGAGGAUAUUAAUGCCCGAGCACCAGGUUUGAUGCGCUAUGGAAGGUUCCACGUUUAUAAUAAUUUUAUUACCAAUUGUCGCCUAGGUUUCACCAUUGCUUUUGACUGUCACAUUUUCUCAGAAAGGAAUGUUUUUACUAAACCUCGGCAAUUCGCCCAUGUACUUGAUGAUAAGGGCAAUGGUUCUUUCAAAGACUCUGGAAGUAUAGCCGUGCCGAAAAGUACCAAGUCUAAGGCAAAUAAGUGGCAUCCUAGUGGUGACUAUAAAUACAAUGUACACACAACAACUUACACUAGAAAAUUUUGUCAAAGAUCUUCGGGCUCUCAGGUCAAAAAAUUAGAAUUUGCUUCCAAUGACCAACGUUAA